CUCUGCUUGGUGGGAUCGCUUCCCCGCGUGGUUCGGGGAGCAGCACCCGGCUGUGGUGCUGGGAAAGGGGGACGCGGUGGGCUUGGGGUGAGCGAAACGAGGGGAGAAUGGCCGAGGGUGGGGAGAAAGAACUCGAGGGCUUCUUGCUGUUGGGGUGGGGGAGGAUGGGGAGCGGUGCGCUGCGGUUCUUCGGAUCGUUCCGGGGGGAAAAGCGCGAUCAGGUGAGAGCCGGGAGAAUCGCCGUACGGACGUUGACCGUCUUAGCGCGGGGUGUUGGGGGAUUUUUAGGCUCCUCCUGCGACGAUCGGCCCGGGAUGGGAGGGACGGAGCCUCCCGUGCCCUGCGCAGGCGGUCCCGGACCUCCGCGGCCGCCAGGGGGCGCUGUGACGCCCGCCGUGCCCCGGCGCAUGCUCCGGGCGGGGAGCGCGGGGCCGGGAGCGGCGGCGGCGGAGCGGCGGAGCGGGAGGACGGGUCGGUGUGUGAGUGCUAAGGCAGUGCCGUCAGCGGGAGCCGGACUGCAGCGGAGGGGGCACGCAGGGGUUGUUUCCAGGAAGGCCAACCAACAGCUGCACUCUGCCGGCUGGGCAAAGCCCGAACAGAGCAGCUUUCAUUGCUCAGAUCCCAACCGACAUGUCUGGAAAACGUGCUGCCAAGAAAAGCCCCGUGUUGGAGCAGUCUCCCGAAAGGAAGAAACUUAAAAUCAGCCACCCGUCGCACCGCACGCAGCCCGGCCUGGUGCUCGUGUUGGGCCAGGGGGACGUGGGACAGCUGGGCCUGGGGCAGGAUGUGAUGGAGAGGAAGAAGCCGGCCCUGGUGCAGCUGCCGGAGCUGAUGGUGCAGGUGGAGGCAGGAGGGAUGCACACCGUGUGCCUCAGCGAGACGGGCAAGAUCUACACCUUUGGCUGCAAUGACGAAGGCGCCCUCGGGCGCGACACCUCGGAGGAAGGGUCAGAGUGCACCCCAGGACCCGUGGAGCUGCAGGAGAAGGUGGUGCAGGUCUCUGCAGGGGACAGCCACACGGCCGCGCUGACGGAUGACGGCAGGGUUUUCAUCUGGGGUUCUUUCCGGGAUAACAACGGGGUGAUCGGGCUGCUGGAGCCCAUGAAGAAGAGCACCGUUCCUGCGCUGCUUCAGCUCAAUGUACCCGUUGUUAAAAUUGUCUCAGGGAACGACCAUUUGGUGAUGCUGACGGUGGAUGGCGACCUGUUCACGUGUGGCUGUGGCGAGCAGGGCCAGCUGGGCAGGGUGCCAGCACUCUUUUCCAACAGAGGAGGACGCAAGGGGCUGCAGCGCCUGCUGGUCCCCCAGCGUGUCCCUGUCAGAGGCAAAGGCAAGAUGCGCUUCCAGGAUGCUUUCUGUGGUGCUUAUUUCACCUUUGCCAUCACACGGGAAGGACACAUCUAUGGCUUCGGCCUCUCCAACUACCACCAGCUGGGGACCCAGGGCACCGAGCCCUGCUUCUCCCCGCAGAACCUGACAUCCUUCAAGAACUCCACCAAGUCCUGGGUCGGGUUCUCUGGUGGGCAGCACCACACCGUCUGCGUGGACUCAGAGGGUAAAGCUUACAGCCUGGGCAGGGCUGAGUACGGCCGGCUGGGCCUCGGGGAAGGGGCAGAAGAGAAGAGCACACCCACUGUCAUCCCAGACCUCCCCAGCAUCUCUUCUGUCGCGUGUGGCGCAUCGGUCGGCUACGCUGUCAGCAGUGAUGGACGGGCAUUCGCGUGGGGAAUGGGCACCAACCACCAGCUGGGAACUGGCGAAGAGGAGGAUGUCUGGAGCCCCGUGGAGAUGACAGGGAAACAGCUGGAGAACCGUCUGGUCCUGGCUGUGUCCAGCGGAGGCCAACACACAGUCCUGCUGGUCCAGGACAAGGCACGGAGCUGAUCACUCCGUUGGGGCGCAGUGGGAUCGCGGGGCCCACGGGCGUCUCCUCCUGCCACCAGCCCCACAUUGGGGAGCUGCUUCCCAGCUCUGCUGUCUCCCAAACCACAGUGGGGGAAGGCAGAGGGCUCCCAGAGCCUUCUCAGGUGCCCCGUCUUCUGUUUCCGUGUUGCCUUCCCUGCAUUAGGAAGGGAGGCACCGCGAGGAUGGAUUUUAUACAUUAAGUUAUAGCAAUAGGGGGAGGGAAGCUGUGUGUGCUUGGGGCUGGUCAGGAGCCUGGGAGCUGUACAGUGGCUAACGUUGAAUUUUUUUAAAGAAAAUGUAAAGUAUUUUGGUUGAUUGAGGAAGA